UGCAGCAGAGGAGAUGGCGACUGUGGCAGGGAAGAUGGAUGCCUGGGCCCUACACCUCAGGGGCCUGCUUCUGCCUCUGCUCUUCCUGGGGAUAACAGGUUCCCAGCUGCAGGUGACCACGGCGCCCUCCUCCACGGCCCACGUGGGCUCGGGGGCCCUGCUGCAGUGCCGGUUUGAUGUCGGGGGGCCCGUGGCCCUGGACUCCCUGCGAGUGACGUGGUAUUUCUGGGACAAGCAGUUGGCCUGUUAUGAGCAGGGCAGGAGCCAGGCCCACCCCAAAGCCAGCCUGCCAUCAGAAAAGGAGCUGGAGAACGGAAAUGCCUCCCUGUCACUGACCGCGGUGACCGUGCCAGAUGAGGGCAUAUACCGGUGUGUUGUGUGGUACGGGACGCAGCAGCACCAGGGCAAGACCACCCUGCAUAUGCUCGCUGCCCCGAUGAUCUCCAUCCCGAGACAAACAGCCGUGGCUGAUGCUGAGACCUCCCUCCUGUGCCAUGUCGGGAGGUUCUACCCCGUCGAUGUGGACGUGGCGUGGCUGAGAGACGGGCAGGUCCUGAAGGGCUCCACCUGCUCCAGGCCCCAAAGGAACCCAGACGGGACCUUCAACCUCACCCUCACCUACACCUUCACCCCUACCCUCAGCGAUGCUGGCAGUGUCUUCUCCUGCCACGUCUACCAUGCAGCACUAGAGCAGCUGCAGCAGGAGGACAUCCCCCUGGACAUCCUAGAAGCAGAUAAGACUGGCACCAUGGUCGGUGCCAUCCUGGGGAUCCUGAUUGGAGCUGGAGCUGCAGCCGCUACAGCCAUUUACUUCUGGAGGAAGAGAAAAAGAGACUGGGCGGUCUCCUACAAUGUCUCAGAGGUGCAGGUGCCGGAGCGGUGCAUGCUGGGCCAGGAGGUGACCCUGCACUGCUCCAUGGAGGGGACGUUCCCCAAGGACGUGGCUGUGACAUGGGAGAGGAUCCACAGCGAGGACAGGAUGGUGCCUGACAGUGGCAAGGACCAAGAGAGCCCCGAGCACCAGCCGCUGUUCCCCGCCCUCCCCCCGGGCUGGAGAGUGACCGAGGAGAGAGCUGGGACCCGCCUCACGUCCUCCCUGAUCUUCACCCCCACGCUGCAGGACGACGGGGCAUGGGUCCAGUGCUUCUUCCUCCAUGAGUACAAACUGAUCAGAGAGCACCGAGUGUCCCCAGUGAUCCAGGUGUGGGCCCGGCCGCAGGUGUCUGAGAUCCAGGUGUUGCCAGAGUGGGACCCCCGCGACAAGGUGCCGUUUGCUGUCCAGCUCCACAACUUCUACCCCAGGGAGGUGCCCCCGAUCCAGUGGGGCUGGGACGGGGCCGGGAGCUGGAGGGAAGACCCCGCGCAGAUAGACAAGAACGCGGACGGCACGUUCACCGCGACGAGCAUCUGGAGAGUGCCCAGCCGGAGCCUGACCUGGCCGGAGCUGCGAGUGCGAGUGUGCGUCCAGCACGGCCCCGGAGAGCCCCCGAGCGAGAGAGAGCUCAGCCUGAGGGCCGCGGGGGUGUGGGGUCUGUGUGGUGUGUGA